GUGGCAAGAAAAUUAUUGCAAUGUUUGUUUUGAUACAAGGACGGUGCGCACUACGUGUCAAAUUGUCACGAAGUUAUAUAAAACAAAUGUUAAUAAAAAUGAUUGUAAACACCUGAAACAAGUUUUAAUGUGUAAUUUAUUUAAGUGUCGUUAUUGAAAUUAAUGUUUUUGUAGCUGUUUAGUUAGAAAUCGUGCCACAAUGGAGUCUGAAGGAAAGGAUGGUGAUAAGUCAGAACAGAAAUCUCCUUUUGAAAGCAUGGGUCAUGAAGAACUUGUGAAACGCUGCACAAAAUUUUUGAGCAUAGCCCAGAGUGCCAAACAUGCGAAGGAUACUUAUCAGCAACUUCUGAAUGAGGCUGAAACAAAAGUGAAGCAGUUGGAAGGACAGAUAGCCAAGUCCCAGCAGGGCCAUGGGUCUGCAAAGGUUCCGUGUAAGGCAUGUGAAGCUCACCGAAAAGAAGAGAGUAAACUGCAAAAUCAAAUCAGUGCCAUGGAGGAAAUGGUUGCAACAUUAACCGAGCAAAAAUUGUCCACAGCUAUGGAGAUUGAUAGCCUGAAGAAACAGAAUAAAAUCCUGGAGGGUCAGCUAAGUGAUUCUAAAGAAGAAAACAAAAAAUUGAUGGCUGAGUUAGAUGAGCGGACAGAAGUCGGAAAAAAGGAGGUUGAAGACACUAAUCACCUGCAGUUGCUGCGCAGUGAGAUAGAAACAUUAAGCAGGGAUGUAGAGGUUCUCUCCGGUGAUAACAAGAAUAAGUCAGAGGAAAUAAAGCGGGUGUCAGAAAAGUUCUACAAUGAAAAGUGUGCGUUGGAAGCAGAACUGAAAUCUGUAUCUUCAAAACUUCAAAGCCUUUCGCACAUGAAUGAUUACCUGAAAGAGCAGUUGCGUGUUGUCACAGAGGAGAAAGAUGUGGUCUUGAAAGGCAUAGAAAGCAUUAAAUCAAAUAAUUUUGAGCUGAAUCAGCUGGUGGAGAGCAUCGGUUCGGAACGAGACGAGUGCUUGCACAGUGUCGAGAAGCUGAACGCAGAGAAAAGUAAAUUGAGCAAACUGGUCAAUGCUUUGAACAGUUCAAAAACAACUAUUCUAGAAGAAAAUGUAUCUCUAAAAUCUGAGAAGCAGCAUUUGAACGAGUGCUUAAAGAAGUUAACUUGCGAGAGGGAUUCUUUGCGGGAAUCAGUGACUUCAGCAGAAAUUCAUCUAUCAAGGAUGUUGAAGCAAUCUUUAGAACUUUUGCAAAAUGGUCAGCUGAGUAUUGUGAGCCAUCCUAUGCAAGAUAUUGAAAUUGAUGGUAAUGAAAAGUUAGAACUAAUGGAUUUAAUUUCAAACCUAGAUAAUGUUUUGUCAAAGUUUUGGAGUAUUAUUUUAAAUGCUCCAAAAUAUACUGAAUCUUCUGUUCAUAGUAAAGUGCCAGAUGUCAACACUGAUAUAGAGAAUAAUAGCUGCAGUAGGUUUGUUAGUUUCGAAAGCGCAAAAGAAAUAGAUGAAGUUUUCCGACAAGAAGUGGCAGCUUUUUCUUUGCAACUGAGCAAACUGUUCAAUGCUUAUGCAGCUUUAAAAACACAUGAACAUACUCCUGAUGUUAGUAUAUUUUUGGACAAGGUUUCAGAAUUUUUAAAAUCAAAAGUUUCAUUUUUAGAGAAGCAAUGUACAAACAGAGACAGUAUUAAUACUGACCAGUUGGGAAAUGAUUAUUCUGGGUUGGCAGGUGUUGAAACCGUACAGUAUUUUGAGGAAACGCCACAGUUAGAAGAUAGCAAUUUAAAUAAUUUUUCGGGACUUAUGUGUCGUAAACUUAGUAGCCGUUUAGAAUGUAUCGAAAUGUCAGGUCCUUUUGAUAACAUUUCAAUUGAUUCCUUAGAAGGCAGUGGAUUUGUGGAAUCCAAAUGUUUACAGAAUAGUAAUUCAUCUAAACAGUGUGUAUGCACCCAGACAGAAAGUAUUGUCAUUGAUACUGUGAAAGAACAGUGUGGAAAGUGUGUUCAGACAGACGUUUGUAGUUCUGAGAGCAGUUUGUGCACAAAUUUGUGUGUUGUAGCAGGUGACGUAAAGACAGUGAAAGAAAUCCAGGACACUAAUGCGCUUGAAUACGAAAACCAGGAUGAACGAGCGAGUGCUGGUGAUCUGAAAGAUCAACUGCAAGUAUUGCAUGUCAAGUAUCAAGAAACUGUGGAAAAAUUAGCAAGUGCUGAAAAGGAUGUAGAAAUGUUGCAGUCCAUUGUUAGUGAGAAAAAUACAGAUAUGACUAAACUUCUUGAUAUUCUUUUGUGCCUUGAUGGUAAAAACAGUAAAAAUGCUAUGAACCAAGUUUUUGAAAAACUUCAGAAAGACAAGGCUCUGUGUGGUGUAGAAAGUAUUGCUAAAUUUAUGAGUAACUUGCCAUCCCAAAAUGUUGUAGAGCAACUGUCUUUGGCUCAAGAAUCUGAAUGUGCAGGUAGAGAUACAUUGCACGAUGGUGACGCAGUACUUCCGAGUGACGAUGCCUCUGAGAGUCCAGCAUACAAGCAGAAUGUGGCGGAGCUCCAGAAAAUUGUUUCAAAAAAGAAAGCGGAGGUGUCACGCUUGUAUGAGUUAAAGUCUAUGAGUGAAUCUCAGGGCGAGAUUAUAAAAGAGCAGGAGAAAGAAAUUUGUGACUUAAAUAAUAGCAUUAAAGAGCUUGCUAAAGCAGCUCCAAAGCUUGAAUAUAAAUCUUUAGAUAAUGUGAAUGAUUGGUCACACAAUUCAACAAGAAGCAGUUGUGUUGGUGAAGUUGAAGAAGAGCUUAAAUCUGGUUUUGAGAAACAAGACCAAUCGUGCUGUAACUUCAGUGAGAAGUACUCUCAGCUGUUUUCGACCUUCAGCAAACAGGAAGAUGACCUUGCCAACAUCCAGAGAGUACUUGAUGAACGAAAUUGUGAGCUGGCAAAUUUGAAAGUAAAGUUGCAGAAUGUGGAAGCAGAUAUGGAAGGCCAUAGAUCUGAAUUGUUGAAGAUAAUUGAGGAAAAAGAUAGUGAAAUAAGCAGGUACAAAGCAGAAAUAGAUGCACUCAAGUUGAAAAACACGGAGGAAGAUGAGUGUUUGAAAAUGUCUCAGCAGGAAAUUGUUGAAAAAAAUGAUAAUGUUGAUGAUGGGGAAGAGAAGGUCGAGGAUAAAGAGAACUUGAGUACAAUUGAGAAAAAUGAGUUACUUCACAAGCAGAGAAUAAUAGACGAACAGGUUGUUGAAAUAAAUAACUAUAAAAAAGAAAUUCAAGAUGUUCAAAACCAGUUAAAACAUUUCUCACAUCAGUUGGAUGAGAAAGAAGAAAUAAUUGAAAAACUGGGUUGUGAUAUUGAAAAUUAUAAACAUCAGAUUUUAGAGUUAGAACAAAAUUAUCAAGAAUUGAAGAAUCAGAUGAGUGAUAACCAACAGGUAAUUGCUUCCAAGGAUAGGGAACAGGUUGUUGAAAUAAAUAACUAUAAAAAAGAAAUUCAAGAUGUUCAAAACCAGUUAAAACAUUUCUCACAUCAGUUGGAUGAGAAAGAAGAAAUAAUUGAAAAACUGGGUUGUGAUAUUGAAAAUUAUAAACAUCAGAUUUUAGAGUUAGAACAAAAUUAUCAAGAAUUGAAGAAUCAGAUGAGUGAUAACCAACAGGUAAUUGCUUCCAAGGAUAAGGAAAUAGAAAUUUGGCAAAACAAAUUUAAAGAUGUAGAAAGACACAUGAAGACAAUAGAGCUUGAAUUAGUUGAGAAGCAGCAAAUGUCUGUUGAAAAAGAUAAUGAAAUAGAAACACUCAAGGAAGAAAUUAUAGAAAUUCAUCAAAAGUACAGUGAAAUGGAGCAGGCCUUUGGUAAAGAGCGACAGAUUGUCACUGAAAAACUAAUUGAAGUAGAAAAACUUAAUAAUGAGAUUGUUGAGAGAGAUGGUAAAAUGGAAGUCUGUACAAAGGAAAUUGAAUACAUUCAAAAUCAGUUUAGAGAUGCUGUUACUCAGAAGGAAGCUGAACUUGAAAAACACAAAGAAGAGAACCUAAAAUUGAUUCGAGAGCUUGAUGAAAUUAAAGGAAAAGUUUCUGAGGAGACACAGCUCGCUGAACAAAAGGAUAAAGAUUCAGAAAACCAUAGGAAACAAAUAGAGAACAUUAUGCAGCAGUGCAUGGAAGCUGAAAUCAAGUUGGGAGAAAAACAGCAAAUAAUCAAUGAAAUGGCCCAAAGUAUCGAUGAUUACAAGCAAACAAUUAUGAGCAUGGAAGAACAUCUGAAAGGCACUGAAGAUUUCCAGCAAAAAUUGAUGGACAACAUGCAUUUUGAGACAGUGCAGUUACGUAAUGACUUAGCCAUUGCAAACGCUUCGUGCGCAAACAAAACAACAGAGUUGAAUAUGUUGAAGGAAGAAUUGUCUUCUUUAAAAAAUGUUAAUAGUUUCAGUUCAAAAUCAGUGGUUGAGCUAACAACAGAACUUAAUAAUGUGAGGCUGGAAGCUGCUGAGAAAGAAGAGAUUCUUAAAGAAAAACUGAGAGAAAUUGAGGAUCUGCAGAGGCGCAGGGCCGCGGUCUCGGGGGAACUGCGCACGGCCGCGGAGAGCCUGAGAGCGCUGCGCGCCAGCCACGGGGAGCUCCGGCGCGAGGGCCGGCAGCUGCGCGAGGGCCUGGCGCGGGCCGUCGACCUGGCGCGGCAGGAGGUCUGCCGGCAGGUGGAGUCCGCUGCGGCCUCCGGCAAGACGGAGGUGAAGGAGCUGCUGGGGGAGAUGAACGAAAUGAACCAGGUUCUCAAGCAGAGAGGUGAAACCAUAUCCAAACUUAAGGAAUUGAAGACAGAGCUGGAGCAGAGGUGGGAAAGCGCGUCUUCGGAAUUGCUGGGGAUUCGCGAAGCACUUUCUGAAAGAACGUCUGAGCUUGUGCAGAAAGACAACGAAAUGAGAGCUUUGGAGCAGCAGCUGCAGGCCCAGAUGGAAGAGCAGCGAGCAGCGAGCCUGGAACAGCAGGAGGCGAUGGACUCAAAGGUGCAGAAGGCAGCGGAAAGGAUUGCAGAACUCGAGAGCAGAAUCGCACAGUUUGAACAGGAGCGUGAGGAAUCGCAGAAAGAAGGAGUGGUGCCAGAGAUGAAGCUAAUAGGAGGUGAAGUACACAGUGAAGUGAUGAGCAACAGCACUAUCAGCAAGGUGGAGGAGACUGCCCGCCUGCGAGAUUUGGAAGGGUCAUUUGAGGAGCGUUUCACAAAGCUGCGAAUAUUCACUGUGAAACUUAAGAAGAAAGCUUCUGACUUGAAGGAGCAACUCGCCCAGAGUGAAGCAGAGAAAGCCAAACUGGUGUCUGAAAAGGCAGAACUUCUGUCGAAAAUUUCUGUGAUGUCGGGCCAUACGAAAAAUUUGCAGACUCUUCAGCAGGAAUACGACUGUCUGCAAGAUCAGAUAGAGGCUGAAAAGUCGGAAGUCAAGUCCUUAAAGAAGAUGCUGGAAGCUGCAGUAACUGAAUCAACGGCAGUGAAACUGGAAUUACAAAACUGUCGAGAAGAAAAAGAAUCAUUGUCCAGAGAGCUGGAGAGUUGUGUCAGAAGCAAACAGAAACUGGACUCGUCUGUGAAGGAACUGGUAUCUCAAGUGCAGAACUUGAAGAAAGAAAAGGAAGCAGAAAACAUUGCAAGGAAGGAAAAGGAGAUGUUAGUCAAGAGGUUGGAAGAAGACUUGAGACUUAAGGAAAGUAGGAUUACAGAAGAAACUGAAAAGGCCAAAGCUUUGCUUGAUAAAAUUGAAGAGUCAAAACAAGAGUGUGUGAAGAAUAAUGUGCUUAACCUUGAAAUGGCAGCCUGUGAGGAGCAACUGAGGGUUGCGAAGGCCCAACAGAAGGAGCUGGCGGCACUGGCGGCAGACCGCGAGGCCGCCAUCGCGGGGCUGGAGGCGAGGCUGGAGCGGAAGACGGAGGAGUGCGAGAGCGCCACGCUGCAGUUGGCAGCCCUGGCCUCGGAGAAGCAGGGCCUAGUGGACAGCCUCAGGGCCCAGCAGGACCUCUUCACCCGGCAGGUACGUGCCCUGGAGGAGCAGUCGGCGAGGCUGAAGGAGGGCCUGGCGGAGCGGGACGACGAGCUGGCGAACCUGCGCGAUGAGUAUGAGAGCUACAAGGUGCGCGCGCAGAGCGUGCUGCGCCAGAAGUCGCGCGGCGACGACGACGCCCGGUCCCGGCUCGGCCGCGAGGACCUGGCGGAGGAGGCGCGGCAGCUGAGGGGGAGGGCGGACGCCCUGCAGGCCCGGCUGGAGGAGACCAGCUCGCACUUGCAGUCGUCGUUGUCGGAGCAGGAAGCGCUGAGGGAGGAGAAGACGGCGCUGCUGGAGCGGUGUCAGGAGCUGGCCAGCAGCCUCGCGCAGGCUCGCUCCCAGGCCACCCAGCUCCAGGAGGCAGAGAAGAAGACGGCGCUGGACCAUCAGGAGGCCAUGCGGAACCAGAAGCUCCAGUACGACAUGCUCACCCAGUGCUACAAAAAACAGAUUGAAGACCUUGAGGCUCGGUUGCAAGAUGAAACUGCUACCUUGAGGCAAAGGCUAGAAACUGCUGAGGAGAAGUUGCAGGGGCAGCAAGCACCAGAAGGUUUCGAUGGACAAGUUCCCAAAGUGCAGAGCAGUGCGGACGGAAAGGCCUUUGACCCGUCAAGACCUGAGGUGGAGAUGGCUCUACUCAAGAGGGAAGAUGCUGAGGGGUCAGAGAGUACAAACUCAGUUUCUCCUAAUCAUCUGGUUUCAAGGGACCACCUUCAUCAUCCUGUUCCAUUGGACAAGCUAUUGGCAGCAACAGAAGAAGAUAACUCAGUGCCGGGCCCGGAGCGGGCGGCCGUCGCGGAGAGGCAGGUGCGCCACCUGUCGGCGCUGCUGAGCGACGCGGAGCAGGACCUCGCCAAGCUGACCCAGCAGAACGCCCUGCUCAAGGAGGAGAUCCGCCGCCAGCAGCGCAGCGUCGAGCGCGAGCAGCACGCCCAGAACUUCGAGUACCUCAAGAACGUCGUCGUCAAGUUUGUGACAUUGCAAAAUGGCGACGAAAGAUCUCGACUCGUCCCAGUCCUCAAUACUAUUCUGAAACUCAGUCCUGAGGAAACAAGCCAGUUGGCUCAAGUGGCAAGAGGUGGAUCGGAAUCUUCUGGCAGCGCGAGAGGAUGGGGCACCUACUUGCACUUGUGGCCAAGCGCACAGUGAACACGCCUCAGCCCAAACAUGCUCAAAUAAUGUGAUAUCCUUUGGAACACUUCCUCUCUCUCCUGAAUGGACUAGAGGGGGUUGGCUCGUCGGGAAAUAAGAUUUUGCGCGACUUAAAUUAUUAUUGUUUAUGAAUAAGUUUAGCUAUUGUUAGAAUUUGUUAUAUGCAUAUAAAAUGUCUGUACAUUCUUGAUUCUGUAAAUUGUAAAUAUGAUGUACAUUUAAUAAAUCUUAUACAUCCUGUUUCAUACUUUCACACAGAUUGUUGAUCUCAGAUUUUAGUGGACACAGUUUGACAUUAAAUUAUAACAACUGAAAAAAUUGUUUAUUUUAAUUUAUGCUUUUAAUAUUUCUUUUUUACUAACCUGUCAAGUUUGCUUUUAACACUGAAAAGAAAAAUAUACGUAAUGUUUUGUCCGGCAGAAAGUCGUAAACUCAGGUACUUCUAAACUGUAAAGCAUUGUUAGUGCUGAUAUUUUUAUUAAUGAUUUGCUAUCUAAAACAUUGUUAAAUUACUCUAACUCUCUAGCUAGCUGAUAUGAAAAUAUAAUGGGACAUUAUCUGGAUGAAUACUGUUGUUACAGGCUGGUAGCAAUAGGUUUUGAAAGGAUAGCUCAGUUAUCAAUUUGUUUACUUUCGCACAAGCCGGGGAGACGGGAUAGGAUUCCAAAAGGCCACGCCAAGCUGGGCACAUCCAGGAAACACCAUUGUAACACCAUUAACUUUUUGCUUGGACCUGGUUUUGCUCAGCUAAUAACCUGAAGAACUUCCUGUAAUUUUUCAUUGAGUUCAUUUCAUAACCAGUGUUCCCGAAGUGGGGAAUAUUUGGAAAACAAGAAAAAUGUAGGUAAAUGAAAGGUUAUCUUCAAGGAAAAAUAGGAAAACUAACAAUAACUCAGUUAAGAAUCUGUAUUAGCUAUUUUUCUUACAUUCAGGUUCCUUAAAUUUCUUUUGAUCUGUUUGUAUUUAAAUCACAAAUUCAUUUAUAAUUGCUUUUCAGUUUCUGUUAUCAAUAUAAAUAAUCAAACGUAAAAGAGUUAGAACCAGCUGUGUAUUUGUUUGAAGCACUAUCAAAUAUCAAUAGUCAUUCACUUGGUCAUGAUAAUUAGUUUAUCAUUUCAAAGUUAAGUCAAAUGUAGUCACUUUAUUUUUCUGAAUAGUUGUUUCGGUUACAAGUUUAUGCAAAUGGAAACAGUACAAAUUGAAUGAUGUGUAAGAAAACUUUUUAUAGUAGAUCCUGCAUGAUGUUUGUUUGUCUAAAUAAAUUUGAUAAGUAAUUUUUUUGUGAUACAUUUAUGUUAUCUGGUAAGAUAGGUUGAUGAAACAAGGAAUAAGUGUUAGGUCGUUCAGGAAAAAAACAAGGAAAUUGGCCUCCAUAACAGUGUAAGAAACCCAAAUAUAAAAAAAAUGGUUAGAAAACUAUUUUUUUAAAAAAAAUAUAUUUGGUGGUAUGUUUAAAUGCCUGAAAGUUAAUUUUUGAAUUUUAUUCUGCUGUAAGUUCUGAGAUAUUAACAUAAUUUUUUAUGAACCCAAUGCUGUGAGAUGAAGGAAUCCCAUUAUUUGAUUGUUUUGGAGUUUGUGAUGAACUUUUUAAAUAUUGUGUCCUGCCAACCAAAUUUCUGGAAUUUUUAUUUUGUCCUCUUAAGUUUAUAAUCCUUGGUCGUAUCUAUGGUUUCGUUAAAGUAAAUUUUUUGAUGGUUUUCACCCAGAGUUCCAAGUUGCAGGUACUUCUUGUGUAGACCGGAGUUUAAACUACAACAUUGACUACAAACUCUUUUACUUGUGCCAUUGUCAUCAGCUCUUGUUUACUGCCUGUCAGUGUUAACUCAUUGCUUCUCUCUUGCUUCUUUUUUUCUUUCCAGUUUUCAACCACAGUCAAAUACUUUAAAAAUACAAUGUCAUUUUAAAACUAAGGGGACUUAAUUGAUGGGAAACCCUCAUAUAUAUGUUAUACACUGUAUAUACAGCCCUCUCAAAAAAUGCCAGAAUUUUUUUUUCUCCCACUUUUAAUUUUAUUGCUACAAACUGCAGUAGAUGAUCUUUCAUUUCUCCUGACUCCUAGCCAACUGUACGCCUGCAAUUAAGAGCCACAUCUAUAAAUGUCAAGAGAGAAUAAAUAGUUUUUAAUUUUUUUUAUGUUAAAGGAUGCUAAAACUUGGAAUUUGAUGUUGCCAAGGGUGUAGCACCCAUGAAAAAUGCACAUUUAAACUAAAAUGUUUCAUAUGUACAAGUAUAGACUUUA